GGCGUCCUGUCGGCACGCGCAGAAAGCACGGAGCAGCUGCAGCGGCGAGAAGGAGCGCGGCGCUUUCCACACCGCAUCAUAUUCACUCUUUACAAAAAAUAAUACACUCGUCACGUAUCGUCUUCUAACCGAGACAUUCAUUUAAAGCCAAAAUGGUGGACCGCGAGCAGCUGGUUCAGAAAGCCAGGUUGGCCGAACAGGCUGAGAGAUAUGACGAUAUGGCAGCUGCCAUGAAAUCGGUGACGGAGCUGAAUGAGGCCUUGUCCAACGAAGAGCGCAACCUGCUCUCGGUGGCCUACAAGAACGUGGUGGGUGCACGACGCUCGUCAUGGCGUGUCGUCUCCAGCAUCGAGCAGAAGACUUCAGCCGAUGGCAAUGAGAAGAAGAUUGAGAUGGUGCGUGCCUAUCGCGAGAAGAUCGAGAAGGAGCUAGAGGCCGUCUGCCAGGAUGUGCUCAACCUGCUGGACAACUUCUUGAUCAAGAACUGCAGUGAGGCACAGCACGAGAGUAAGGUCUUCUACCUGAAGAUGAAGGGCGACUACUACCGCUACCUGGCUGAAGUAGCUACCGGGGAGAAGCGUGCCGCCGUGGUCGAGUCUUCCGAGAAGGCAUACAGCGAGGCACACGAGAUCAGCAAGGAGCACAUGCAGCCCACGCACCCCAUCCGUCUCGGCCUGGCGCUCAACUACUCCGUGUUCUACUACGAGAUCCAGAACGCACCCGAGCAGGCAUGCCAUCUGGCCAAGACGGCUUUUGACGACGCCAUCGCCGAGUUGGACACGCUCAACGAGGACUCCUACAAAGACUCAACCCUCAUCAUGCAGCUGCUGCGAGACAACUUGACACUCUGGACAAGCGACCAGCAGGACGACGAAGGCGGCGAGGGCAACAAUUAAAAACAGAGAGAGAGGGAGAGCGACGGAGAGGCAGAAGAGGAGAAGACCCUCAAGAAUUACCCGUUUCCUAGCCGUAACACACAAGAAAACACGCCUGCUCACAAAAUAAAAGAAAAAUAAAAAGAAAAAUUAAAAGCGUAAGUGAAAACAUUUUACGAAAAAGGGGGGCCUGGUGGAAUGCUGGCAGCCAUGUUCACUAAUGGUACAACCGCAUAAUGCAGUUCUCUUUGAUUUUUCAGAAAAUUAGACGGAUAAAUAUAUAAUAGUGAGGAAAAAAAAGCUGAGGUUAAAAUUAAAAAUAAUUUUAAAAAAUCCCCUCGGUUUGCCAAAACAGUACUUUGAGGAAUAAAGUCAGUAAGUUGACUAGGGUUGACUAGGGUUGAAACACACCCCAAAAACACUGGCGUAGGGACUGUUCUUGCAGUGAAACAUGUUGUCAAGCUGCUUAUUUGUAAGUGUGCAGUAAGGGUUUAGGAACUGUCAGGGGAAGACAUGUUAAAGCUUGAGCAAGAAAAUAAAAAAAGGCAAAAAAAUAAUACAUGGAGUUAAAAAAAAACAAACAAACUUGAAUGUCAUAGCCUCGCAAAAGUAAGAGUUUGCAGACAGGCUCCUGAGGGUGUGAAAGGAUGUUGUUCUUUUUCUUUGGGGGGGGGGUUCUUUCUGUUUAAACGUAUUCGUGGAUACUGAUGUGCACUCAACAGUCAGUCAGCCAUUACUCUACAGCCGACAUGGCGAUUCGAAACCAUACCGAUUGAAGCAUCACUGUGGUUACAUGCUGCAGGUUUAUAAUCAAGAAACAGUAGUUUAGGGAUACAGUAACCAAGUCUGGUUGUCUAACCAUUAAAUACAAUGCUGUUUCCAUUGAUAGCUAAAAACAAAUCGUCGUCCUUUCAGUGAAAACUGUUCUUAUUAUCAUUAUUAUUAUUAUUAUUAUUAUUAUUGAUAUAGUCUGGACGUUAAAGGUGUCAAGGGUGACCUGCACUAUAAAAACAUAGGUUCGAUUCAAUAUCAUUACAAUAUAGUACCAAAAAACCACAACUUCUUUCUCUCGAUAUAUAAUCUUAAACUCGUAAUGAUGCUAACCCUAAAAAUGCAAACUGUCCUAGCAAAGUAAUAUAGUAAAAAUAAAUAAAUAAAUAAAAAAAAUCCCUGCGCUUUAAUCCUGAAAAUUUGAAUUCUACUUGGAUCCCUGUCGCGAUACACUGAAUGGAAUCAACUGGAACCGUUGGCUGUUUUUCCUUUGUCCAUGGACUGAAAUUAAGAGACACUGGCAAAUGUCAAAAAACGGGAGAUGAUCUUAAAGCAGCUUUGAGGUUUGUGGUAUUCUUUUCUUCUUUUCUUUUUUUUUUUUUUUUUUUGUUUACUUUUUUAAUUUACAAAAAAAAAAAAUGCACUUGCCUAUUAUACUGUUUCUCAGUGUAAGAUGAUUACUGCUCCAAUAUUCUUGAUAAUACAAUAUUGUGCAUGCUGGUGAUGUAUUUAUAUACAGUAGCUUGACUUUAUUAACUUAAAAAAAUAAAAAAAAUAAAAAACCUGUAGAUGUUAUGUAUUCAUAGGAACAAGAAAUGACUAGACUUCAAUCUGAUUAUUAUUUUCUAUUUAUUAAUUUAUAUUGGAUUGUUUAAAUUUAUUAUGAUUUUUUUUUUUUUCAUCUAUAUUCGUUUUUGUUUUGUUUUUUUGCUGAAGUAAUGCGACGCCAAAACGGUGAAUCAUAAACUUAUGCUAUAGUGACAUGCAAUUCUUGUUUUGGGGUUUUAUUAAACAAAGACGUGGAAAGACAAAAAAAAAAGGACAGAAACACCACUGUUAGCUUAACACUCUCUGUCCGGUGUUUUGUGGCGAAAAUCAAAGAUCACGUUGUAAAUCUAUUUGUUGUUCUUACAAUGGCCUUUCCUUUUGUGCUUUUUUUUCCUCUGUCACAUUAUACAGUGAGAUGUUUAAAAAAACAAAAAAAACAAACAAAAAACAGUGUUUAUCAGUUCUUCGGAAAACUGCAUUUCUGUAAGGAAUUCACUCACGGACCAUGAUAUCCUCUUUCUGUCUUUUUUUUAUUUUUAUUUUUUACUUUUAGCUGUCUCUCCUGAUAUCGUAAAUGUGAGUCAUGUAGCGGAUGCACACGAGAAAAAUAACAAUAAUAAUAAUGAUGAUAAUAAAAAUGAAUUAAAACAUCACAA